UCGGCGCCCGGCGUCCAGCCUCCCCGCCCUCGUCGCUGCCUCGGGGUCGCCGCGCGCCCAGCAGCGCUGUCGUCCGCGCCGGCCCCACCCCGCUCUCCCGGCCUCCGGGAGCCGAUGGCCGAGGCGGGUAGGAGCCCCGCGGAGCUCCCGAGAGAGCCGCGCGAGCAGGCGGCGGCUGAGGUCCCCGAGGCCGAGGCACCCGCCGGGCCGCCAGCGCCCGCCCUGCGCAGGCUGCCAGGGGACCUGAGCCCCCGCGGCCGCUCGCAGAGCGACUUGUCGUCGUGCUCGAGUCGGGGCCGCCCCCUCCGCGUCCACAUCUCCGGCUCAGUUGAUGGACUGGACAAAGCUUCUAUAGCAAACUCAGAUGGCCCAACAGCAGGUUCCCAAACACCUCCCUUCAAGAGAAAGGGGAAGCUCUCCACCAUCGGUAAAAUCUUUAAGCCUUGGAAAUGGAGGAAAAAGAAGACCAGUGACAAAUUUAGAGAAACAUCAGCAGUAUUAGAAAGGAAGAUUUCCACAAGACAAAGUAGAGAGGAGCUGAUAAGAAGGGGAGUUCUUAAGGAAUUGCCUGAUCAAGAUGGAGAUGUAACAGUUAACUUUGAAAAUUCAAACGGGCACAUGAUACCCAUCGGAGAGGAGUCUACCCGAGAGGAAAAUAUAGUAAAAACUGAAGAAGGGAAUGGCUCUGUAGCUGAAAAAGCACCACCUCUGGAGGAAAAGGCAGAAGAUAAGAAAGAGAACACUGAAAACCACUCUGAAACACCGGCAGCUCCUGUUCCACCUCCUCCAGCUCUUCCUAAGCCUAAACCCAAACCUAAGCCCAAAAAAACACCUGUGCCUCCAAAAGGGGCCACUGCUGGGGCCAGCCCCAAGGGUGAUGAAGUGCCUCCUAUUAAAAAAAAUACCAAGACUCCUGGUAAGCAGGUCCCUGUCCCUCUACCCAAGCCAACAAGCCGAAACGCUACCCGAGAGGCUGCUGGUUCCUCUCAUUCAAGAAAAACAACUGGCUCUAAAGCAUCAGCUUCACCGUCUACUUCCUCCACCUCAUCUCGUUCCAAAGCUUCAAAGGAGACCGUUUCUAGCAAAACGGGGACAGUGGGAAUCACAAAAGGCAAGAAAAAAACUGGCAAGCAGCCGACGUCUCAGCCAUCCUCAGAUGCAACCACUUCUGGCACAUCUGACCUUAAAGGAGAGCCUUCCGAGCCCCGGGUGGAGAGUCUCAAACCUGAGCAGACUGUCCCUGAGACGGAGGAGCAGACCACAGGCAAAGCCAAGUCUGCAGUCCCUCUGGCCCCUGUGGCUCCCCCACCCCCUCCCCUGCCCCCUCCGCUCCCGCUGGAGGACCAGAGCAUCGUUGCCUCAGACACUCCUGUCGUCCUGGUCAGCAAUGGAGCUGACCUGCCCGUCCCUGCCUUCGACCCAAGUCAGCUUCUCUGGACUGAAGAGCCGACAGGCAGAACUACUGUCCACUCAGGCAUUGGCUUAAGUGUUAGCAGAGAAAAUGGAAAAUGUUUCUCUACCAAAGAUGAGCUGGGGAAGGCAGCGCCUCAGCUCCUGACUCCUGGGCUGAUGGAAGAAUCUUCAGAAUCUUUCAGUGCCUCAGAGGACGAAGGCCCAAGGGAGUACCAGGCCAAUGACUCUGACUCUGAUGGACCCAUCCUGUACACUGACGACGAUGAUGAUGAAGAGGAUGAGGAUGAAGACGGCAGUGGAGAAAGUGCUUUGGCAAGUAAAAUACGACGAAGGGAUACUCUUGCAAUCAAACUCGGCAACAGACCAUCUAAGAAAGAACUAGAGGACAAAAACAUCUUGCAGCGAACAUCUGAAGAGGAGAGGCAGGAAAUCCGACAACAAAUUGGAACCAAGCUAGUCAGGAGACUUAGCCAGAGGCCCACAACUGAAGAAUUAGAACAAAGAAAUAUCCUGAAGCAAAAGAAUGAAGAAGAAGAGCAAGAAGCAAAAAUGGAACUUAAACGCAGACUCAGCCGAAAGCUCAGCCUGAGACCCACAGUGGCAGAGCUACAAGCUCGAAGGAUCCUGCGGUUUAAUGAGUAUGUAGAAGUCACCGAUUCGCCAGACUAUGAUCGCCGAGCAGACAAGCCUUGGGCCAGGUUAACACCUGCAGACAAGGCCGCAAUAAGGAAAGAACUAAAUGAAUUUAAAAGCACGGAAAUGGAAGUUCAUGAAGAAAGUCGACAGUUUACCAGGUUCCAUCGUCCUUAAUGAAGCACGAGACUCUUUGGAAACAGACUGAUCAUCUUUGGGGGAAGCCUCAGUUCCUGAAAAUCUGAUAUUGCACUGGGAUGUGAAUGUGUGUUUCCGUUUAACUUGUGGUGAAGGAAGCAUGUGGAAUGUUCUCCCCACCUCUACAGCUUGGAUGGGGAUCACAAGCAAAGGGAAGGGUGCAGCGCCCCUGCUGGUCAGCAUGUGAACUGAUGGUAAGGGACACCAUAGUUACGCCCGUUCUUCUUCAUCAGGAGUUUUAAUCAAAGAUGCGCAGAAGACAAUCGCUGGUUCCCUGUUGCCAGAAAGCCAAAUUUUAGAGUGCGAGUUAAAGGAGAAUGGGGAAUGGAAUUUCUGAGUACUGGAAAGGGGUGGGGGAUUAAAAUCAGAAAGAAAGAGAAAUACUUCAUUAUGUUAAUGAAAAAAGGAAAUUGAAUCAUAGGUGUAUUUUUGAAGUAGGUUUUUAGUAGUUGAGAACUUAUAUAAGGGAUUUGGGAAUUUAAAAACCCAACAUGGAUUUCCUAAAGACCUGAUCCUAGAAGAAUAUUCCCGUUUCGCCAUGAUAUUGGUACAGUGUAGUACCAUUACUUUUUGUUGUGCCAGUGAAUCCAAUUGCCAGAAAUCAGUCUGAGUGUUUUCAUGUAUCAUUUUCCUAAAUGCAAGAGGCUUUUACUGACUCUUAAUAAGCAUGCUUACCCAAGUUUUGUUGCAUGCUUUAAGUAGCAUAGCUAUACACACUUUACAUUUUUAAAAAUACUCCUUACCUAAUGUACCAACCUUCCAUAAGGAUAGCAGGACUGGGAAUAAAGUCAGAUGGAAUGUGACCCUGUAAAUCUAUAGCAAGCUUUAGAAAUAAAUCUUUUGGGCUUUCCCUAGCUUAUCUCCCAAGUUGGAACAAUCAUCCUUAAUCUAAGGAAGAUGGUAUAGACAAUCAUGGCAUCUUUAUAAAAAGUCUGAAUCCAAAGUUAAAACUUAGGCAAAAUGCAACUGUUCUGCCCACAGUUAGCUCUGAGUGGGGAUGGAAAGAACUAUUUAUUUUCCAUGCUAUGUUAAGUAGGAUGGCUGCUAUUAAAAAAAAAAAAAAUAGGAGUUCCCGUCGUGGCGCAGUGGUU